CAAGGAAAGUGACUAUCUACAGAUGAAGGGAAACGACCCUUUUCAGUAGCACCAGUCAAUGCUCCACGUCUCCCGUGCGAGGUCAGCGUCAAGCAUAAGAUGGCCGAAGAUUCCUGUAAUCCACGCCUGCGGACCGUGGUCUACUACGACUCACCAACCUCGUCGCAGUCUAUUGACAUUGGCAAUUGAAACUUCCUGCGACGACACGUGUGUCGCCAUACUCUCCAAGCCUUCUCGUCAGAAGCCCCAUGCUACCUUACACUUCAAUGAGAAGAUUACUGCUGAGAAUACGGGCAAAGGUGGAAUUGUGCCCGUCGAAGCACUAUCCAGCCACCAUCGAAAUCUUGCCAGUCUUCUAGACAGAUCACUCUCCAAUCUGCCAGACGCUCCAGAUGGGAAUCUUCGAGUAAUGUCCAAGGCCAGCCUACGAACUAUCCGACUAAGAGAUGGGAGACUCAAACGGCGACCAGACUUUGUGUCUGUAACUCGAGGACCGGGCAUGGCAGGCAAUUUGUCUGUCGGACUCAACACUGCCAAAGGGUUGGCCACGGCGUGGCAGAUCCCCUUUAUCGGUGUCCACCACAUGCAAGCACAUGCCCUCACCUCGCGCAUGGUGGACGCACUCUCCGCCAAAGGCUCCGAUAAUGGCGCAGCGUCCGAGAAAUCCGUCUCAACCGUCUCUCCAUCCUUCCCGUUUUUAACGCUUCUGGUCUCCGGAGGCCACACGUUGCUCCUUCAUUCGCAUACUCUGACCGAGCACAAGAUCCUCUCGACCACCACGGAUGUUGCGGUUGGCGAUGAACUCGACAAAUGUGGCCGCCUUAUCUUACCAGAGCACAUCAAAUCUGCUACGCAAGACACGUCGUAUGCCAAAUAUCUCUCCAGCUAUGCCUUCCCUACACGCGAGUCGUUUGAGGCCUGGUCCAUUCCUCGUACACGGGCUGAGGAGCUUGAGAAGCCGGCGAAUGCCUUUGGUUGGACUAUCCCUACGCCGAUGGUACGGACAAGAGAUUUGGCUUUCAGUUUUAGCGGCAUCUCUAGCACCGUCAAAAGGAUCCAAGCCUCGCGCGACGCGAAGGCCGCCAUGUCCGACGAUGAACGCAUCCACCUGGCGCGUAGCUGUCUGUCAUCAGCCUUUGAGCAUCUUGGGUCGCGGACCAUCAUAGCUCUGGAAAAGCUGACCUCGGACGCUUCUGCCGCGAUGACUCCGAUGCCGACGCCAACGAAUCUGGUGGUAUCUGGCGGCGUGGCCUCGAGCCUGUUUCUGCGAUAUCAUCUCAGGCGCAUGCUUGAUCUACGCGGGUUCAGGCACAUCAAUCUCAUCUUCCCGCCGGUCGAAUUUUGCACUGACAACGCAGCCAUGAUAGCGUGGGCGGGCAUGGAGAUGUUUGAAGCUGGGUACACUGCAACCCCGGAUUGCCAGCCGUUGAGACAAUGGAGUUUGGACGCCGCUGCUGCCGACGGCGGAAUCCUUGGUCCCGGUGGCUGGCAUCGCCAGGAGCAUGCGACCAUGAGCCGUGACGGAUCGUAGCAGGCAAAUUGUGAAGACUAGCAUAGGGUACAUGGCUUCUCUCCAGGUGUCUGGGUUAUGUUGGUUCCCUCGGUGCUGAGACUGCGAUGAGACGGAAUGAUAGAGAUCAGGAGCUACCAUCGCUGGUGUUAAAAAAAAAGGCACACACAAAGUCAUAGUAUCAAAUGAUGAUUUUACAGCGUUAUAUGAGAUUGCCACGAUGACGUGACCAAAAC